AUGAAGCUGAAAAAAUCACCUGAUAAAAAAUAUCUUCCUCUUAGUUACUAUGAAAUUCUGUUUGCUUCUCUGCUUGCAGUUUUUGUGUGUGUGUGUGUUGGACUGAUUGUACUUUCAUGGUUAUCAAUUCAGGAGUUAGAAGGAGCUGAAGCAGACAGGCAUAUUCAUGGCUACAUGGGAACAUUUAAAAUACUCUCUGGGACAUCAUUCACUCCUGCUUUGCAAAACAGAUCAUCAGCUGAUUUCAAAGUCCUUGCCUUUGAUGUUGAACAACUGAUACAAAAAGUCUUUCAAGCAAGUGAUCUGAAAAACAAAUUUGAGAGAUGUGAAAUUUCCCAGUUCAAGAAAUCUGAAGAUGGCUGUGAAAGAUUCAAGGAAUCAGAGACUGGUGUUGUUGUGAUCUUCAACCUUUAUUUUACCCAGAUGGUAACAGCUGAGAAAGUAAAAAAUGAGUUGAUUUUGGGUAUCAACACAAAUAAAGCUAAUUUUACCCAGACUUUGAAAAUUGAUGUGAACAGCAUACAAGUCACAGUGAAACUGCAUUACUGCUGUGCUGUUGUCCUUAUUAUUUCAGCUGAAUGCUUGCCACCUGCUGAACUUUGUGAUGAUGGUGUAACCUGCAUUAGAAAAGAUUUAUUUUGUGAUGGAGUCUUAGAAUGCCCGGAUGGUUCAGAUGAGUCAGAAAAAAGAUGUGCUGCAGUUUGUGAUGGAAAAUUUAUGUUGACCAAUUCCUCUGGGUUUUUUCACUCUAUGAAUUUUCCAAAACCAUAUAAUGCAAAUAUCGUUUGCCAAUGGAUUAUACUAGUGCCUCAAGGGUUAUCCAUUAAACUGAACUUCACUUCUUUUGAUACACAACAAUAUGGGGACAAUUUAAAUAUUUUUGAAGGUAUAGGACAAAACAAGAUUUUAAGAGCUUCUCUGUCAGGGUCUAAUCCUGAGACAAUUUACAUUUUUUCUCAUGAGGCUACAGCACAGUUUAUAUCCGAUUAUUCUGAAAAUUACAAUGGCUUCAAUGCAACGUACACUACAUUUAAUGCAAAUGAACUAAAAAACUAUGAGAAAGUCAAUUGCACUUUUGAAGAUGGCUUUUGUUACUGGAUACAGGAUUUAGAUGAUGAUUCAGACUGGGAGAGAGUUCAGGGUCCUACCUUUCCAUCUAUGAGUGGUCCUGAUUUUGAUCAUACAUUUGGCAACAUAUCAGGAUUUUAUAUUUCAACACCCAUAGGACUUGGAUUUGGAGAAGAAAGAGUCCGAAUUCUGAGUCUGCCUUUGGUCUCUUCAGAUACAUCUUGUCUAAGCUUUUGGUAUUUCAUGUAUGGUACUAAUGUUUACCGUUUAAGAAUUAGCAUAAGUAAUGAGCAUGGUUUGGAAAAGAUUAUUUUCCAGAAAGAAGGAAACUAUGGAAACAACUGGAAUUAUGGACAAGUAACAUUAAAUGAAACAUCUGAUUUUAAGGUUAUUUUUGACGCCUUUAAAAAGCGUGGUCCCAGUGAUAUUGCCUUGGAUGACAUUGGCCUGACAAAUGGAAAGUGUAAUGAAAGCAUUCAUGUAGAGCCAACUGUGAUUCCAACGGUUACUACUGUCCCUUCAGUUCCUACUGACUGUGGAGGGACAGUUGAACUCUGGGAGCCAAAUAGUACAUUCAGCUCUGAAAACUUUCCAAACAAUUACCCUAAUCAAGCUUAUUGUGUUUGGUACUUACACGCUGAAAAGGGAAAAAACAUUCAACUGCAUUUUCAGGUCUUUGAUCUGGAAAAUAUUCAUGAUGUAGUUGAAGUCAGAGAUGGCAGAGGACCAAAUUCCUUACUUUUGGCUGUCUAUACAGGACAAGACCCAUUGCCAGAUGUCUUCUCUACAACAAACCAGAUGACAGUAAUCCUUCUUACGGACAAGUCUGCAACAAAGAAGGGAUUUCUUGCAAACUUUACUACUGGCUACCAUCUAGGAGCUUGUGCAAUUGACGAGCACCAGUGUGGUAGUGGGGAUUGUAUACCAUUGCAUAACCUUUGCGACAACCUACCCCAGUGUGAAGAUGGAUCUGAUGAAGCAAAGUGCAUGAGAUUGCUUAAUGGUUCUCUAAGCACUGAAGGGCUGGUGCAGGCCAGGAUUGGGAAGACAUGGCACCUGGCAUGUGCAUAUGAUUGGAAUGAGCAGAUUUCAGACAGUGUUUGCCAGCUGCUCGGGUUAGGGGAUGCAAAUAUGUCAUCAACUGUAUUAUUCGCUGGAGAUGGCCCAUUUGUCAACAUCAUCGAAGCAGCUAACCACAGCCUAAUAUUUACAAAAAGAGAAUACUGUUUGAACAACCUGGUGGUUCAUCUGCAAUGUAACAUUAAAUCUUGUGGAAAACAUCUGGUAACUCAGAACAACGGAACAAGGAUUGUAGGUGGAAGUGAUGCCAGAAGAGAGGCUUGGCCUUGGAUAGUUUCACUUCAUUUUAACUCCAGACCUGUUUGUGGAGCUUCCCUCAUAAGUGAUGAAUGGCUGGUGACAGCAGCACACUGUGUAUACGGGAGGCAAUUAAAACCAUUUCAAUGGAAAGCAGUUCUUGGCUUGUAUGACCAAUCAGAUAUGACACAGCCUUCAACAGUAGUUCGAAACAUCAAUCAAAUAGUUAUAAAUCCUCAUUACAUGAAGCGUACAAAAGAUAGUGAUAUUGCUCUCAUGCAUCUUCAACACAAACUGCAAUAUACAGAUUACAUACAACCUAUCUGCUUACCAGAAAAAAAUCAACAGUUUUUACCAGGAAUUAACUGCUCCAUUGCUGGCUGGGGUAGGAUUAUCAAUGAAGGUCCCCCUUCAGAUAUAUUGCAAGAAGCAGAGGUCCCUCUCAUUUCAAAUGAAAAAUGCCAACAAUGGAUGCCAGAAUACAGUAUUACUGAGAAUAUGAUCUGUGCAGGAUAUGACAUGGGAGGAAUAGAUUCCUGUCAGGGAGAUUCAGGUGGUCCCCUGACAUCUGAAGAUGGCAACAAGUGGUUUUUGGUUGGUGUAACUUCAUUUGGCUAUCAGUGUGCACUUCCCAAACGACCAGGAGUGUAUGUUCGAGUCACCAUGUUUGUGGACUGGAUCAAAAAUAUCAUCUAUUAA